AUUGCGCUACCUACCAUCAUCAUUGAAACUAAUCUUAACCCUAAAGUGUACUGAUAGUGUAUGAAUUCAACAAAUAUAUACAGAGCAAUACAGAGAAAUAUAUGUAAUGUUACGUGAUGAAGUAUUUUUUUUAAAGUGGUGUAUGACACUUUAAUAGACAUUUUACAUUGUAUUUAAUUUCCAUAAAUUACUAUGAAUAAAUUACGUUUGUGUUUAACAAGUAUCGCAACUUUAAACGCUAUAAAUUAUGGAAGUUGCAGACACUUUAAGCGAUGGGUAGCUCCAACUCUGAAAGAAAUAUGUAAAAGAAAAGAACAGUUACCUCCACAACCUGAACCAAAACGAAGUACUUUUAUAGAAUGGAAUAGAGAAGCAGAAUUAUAUGCAUUUAAUCAAAGACUUAAAGAGAAAUUUGAUAUGGAAAAGCUAAAUCAAGCAUUUAUACAUAAAUCAUAUAUUCUUCAAGAAUUAAAGAAACAGAAGGAAAUGGGAAUAACAGAUCCCAAACUUGAUAUACAAGAUAAUAGAGAAUUGAUUGAAAAAGGCAAAGAAAUAACUUCAGAAAUUGUAACAAUAUAUCUCAAUAUGGCUUUACCAGAUCUUCCUGAAUCUGGUUUCGUGUCAUUACAUGACCAUCUUAUGUCUCAAGAGAUAUUGGCCAAAGCAUCCUUACACAUUGGAACAAAGGACAUUAUUUUAACUGCUGAACAUCCAGCAAGUGAAGAAACAUUAGCUCAGACAUUUCUAGCACUUGUUGGAGCACUUACUGAAAGUACAAAUAAAGGUCAUGUCAGUGAUUUUGUUCAAGAUUUUUUAAUAACAGGACUAGCAGACAAAGAUCUCACUGAAAUAUGGACUCCAGCAAAACCAUUUGAAAUGUUAAGUGAUAUCAUGUCUACAGAAAGGAAAGCAUCUAUAGAAGCAAGAAUUAUUGGACAAGCUGGAACAAAUACUAUUUUAUCAGCAUACCAUAUUGGAAUUUAUGUAGAUAGAGAAUUUUUAGGUUCAGGAUUUGGGCAAACUAUUGAAGAAGCAAAAAAUGUAGCUGCUGCUAAAAUACUAUCUGCCAUGUAUGGUAUAUCAGAAUCCAGUCAACCACUACCAUUUGCCAAUAAAUAUUUGUAAAUAUAAUUAUUGUGUAAUAAAUAAAUUAAUAUAAAUA